AUGCUCCUCAGCCUCGAUGGCACUCCGCUAUACUCUGUUGGUCCUGUGAAACAGAAGAUGGCCAUAUUUUGGCUGACUGCGUUUGGAUCUAUUAAAGCGAUAGAGGAAUGUUUUGCCGGUGUUCGAGUUCGUUACAACACGUUUGCAUCGAAGCUGCUAUUCUACGCUGAGCCUUUGUCUGUUGAAGAUAAGGAGAACCACAAGGUUCUGAAGCAAUGUGCCGAGUGCCAAAAGUUUCUUGAGUCAUACAACCGGGCCGCGGAAGAUUGCUCUGCUAAGAAUGUAUAUAGACUGUUCGCCAAUCAAUAUCUGGAUGCGAGCGUUUGGUCUCUGGCAGAGGGACACACGAGAAUGCCCCAACUCUAUUACACGAGAAGGUUUGCAUCCCCGGCGGUCGUCUUGCCAAAGCCGCUAGCAGUCACUUUAGAUCCCAAGCCGGGAUCGGAAGUCGAUACUUUGGCGGUAGCAACCUCGACCUCAGAGUCUGGUCAAUCCAUCGCCAAACGAAAGAGAAAGGCUUCCGAGCUUGACGAGCUGCCACUAAGCGAGUUAGCGGUAGUGGAGCAGACGAAACGUUUUAAGCUUGAAUAG